UCCUUGCCUCCUUAUUUAUCAACACUGUUUAAUAUUGCUGCAACCAAUAAGGCAAUACUAGACUCAACCCUGCCAUUUUAUACACUUCCAUCUCUUCCUCUUCCUUCUUCUCCUCCUAGAAGGCAAUACCAUUACCACCUUGUCUCUCUCUUUCUCUCUCUAUAUAUUAUAUGCCUCUUUCAUUUUUUUAUCCCUUCACCAACCUUUCCUGCAACAAGAUGGGUCUGCCAUCUCCGCUCUUCCUCCUCAUGUUACUUCUUUUUCAAUUCAAUCUGUCCUCCCAGGCCACAGAUUGUUAUAAUCAGUCUAAUUUCUUCAGUCUCAUGAAGGAAUCACUCUCUGGCAAAUCUUUGUCUCUUUGGGACAUCCAAUCUCCUUUCUGUGACUAUGCAGGAGUCCACUGCAAUGGUCAUGGAGAUGUUGAGACUAUUGAUGUGUCAGGUUGGUCACUCACUGGCCAUUUUCCCCCCAGCAUCUGCUCUUAUCUGCCACAGCUUCGUAAUCUCCGGCUUGGCCUAAACAAGUUCCAUGGUGAAUUCCUAGCUACCAUCAUCAACUGCUCUGCCUUAGAAGAGCUUAAUAUUACUGGGUCAUAUCUCACUGGAACACUACCAGAUUUUUCACCUUUGGCCUCCUCUCUCCGAAUACUUGAUCUUUCAUACAACUCUUUCACUGGCCAAUUCCCCUUCUCUGUUACCAACCUCACCAAUCUGGAAGUUCUGAAUUUCAACGAAAAUGCCUAUUUCGACCCAUGGCAGUUACCUGAGGACAUAUCUAAGCUGACCAAGCUCAAAUCAAUGAUCUUGUCAACAGCUACGGUGCAUGGCAAGAUUCCAGCAACAAUUGGGAACAUGACUUCACUUGUAGACCUUGAAUUGAGUGGUAAUUUCCUUGUGGGUCAUAUUCCUGUGGAGAUUUCAAAGCUCAAGAACUUGCAGCAGCUCGAGCUCUACUAUAAUCUGCUCGUCGGUGAAAUACCAAAUGAGCUUGGAAAUAUGACAAAUCUCAUUGAUUUGGACAUGUCUGUCAAUCAGCUAACUGGAACGAUUCCUGAGUCUCUCUGUAAGCUUCCAAAUCUUCAAGUACUGCAGCUAUACAACAAUACACUCACCGGAGAAAUUCCGAGAAUAAUUGGGUAUUCAGCUACUUUGAGGAUACUAUCCCUCUAUGACAAUUACUUGACAGGGACAGUGCCCUCGAAUCUUGGGGCUUCAUCCAAGUUGGAAGGUUUGGACUUGUCAGAGAACAACUUAUCAGGGGAGUUGCCACCAGAGGUUUGCAAGGGAGGUAAAUUGGUGUACUUUCUUGUGUUGCAAAAUAAGUUUUCUGGUCAACUGCCUGAUUCUUAUCAGAAUUGUAAGACUCUUCUUCGGUUUCGAGUUAGCAAUAACCGGCUACAAGGCUUAAUUCCUGAGGAGUUUCUGGGUCUUCCUCGUGCAUCAAUCAUUGAUUUAGGUUUCAAUCAUUUUGGAGGUCCAAUUUCAAGAUUAAUUGGAAAUGCUAAGAAUUUAUCAGAGCUGUUCAUACAGGGGAACAAUAUUUCUGGUGUCAUACCACCAGAAAUUGCUCAUGCUUUUAAUCUGGUGAAGAUUGAUCUCAGUAACAAUCUCUUCUCUGGACCUAUUCCUCCUGAAAUUGGAAACCUCAGAAAGUUGAACCUAUUGCUUUUGCAAGGUAACAGUAUAAAUUCAUCAAUUCCUGCAUCCCUUUCUUACUUGAAAUCUCUAAAUGUUCUUGAUCUCUCGGACAACCAACUGACGGGGCUUAUCCCAGAAAGCCUCUGUGAAUUGCUUCCCAAUUCAAUCAACUUCUCAAACAAUCAGCUCUCAGGUCCAGUUCCUCCAUCACUGAUUAAGGGAGGAUUAGUAGAAAGCCUUUCAGGCAAUCCAGGUCUCUGUGUUUCUAUCUAUACUAAUUUAUCCAUUACGAAGUUCCCUAUCUGUCCACAAAUUCAUAUCAGAAAGAGGGUGAGCUGUAUCUGGGUAAUUGGGAUUUCAAUGUUGGUUGUAACCAUUGGAGGUAUCCUGCUUCUUAAACGUUGGUGUAGUAGAAAGAGAGUAGUGAUGGAACAGGAUGAGGAAAUGGUGUCUGUGUCCUCCUUCUCACAUGUCCAAAACUUCCACAAGGUGAGCUUUGACCAGCGAGAGAUCAUUGAGGCCCUGGUAGAUAAGAACAUUGUAGGGCGUGGAGGAUCUGGGACUGUGUAUAGGAUCCAGUUGAGCAAUGGAGAAGCUGUUGCAGUGAAGAAAUUGUGGAGUCAAAAGACAAAGGACUCUUCAACAGAGGAUGAUCAGUUGGUCCUAGACAGGGGACUAAAGACAGAGGUAGAGACACUGGGAAGCAUCAGGCACAAGAACAUUGUCAAGUUGUACUGCUACUUUUCUAGCUCAGAUUUGAAUCUUCUGGUUUAUGAAUACAUGCCAAAUGGGAAUCUCUGGGAUGCACUUCACAGAGGACGAAGUCCACUGGACUGGCCAACCCGACAUCGGAUUGCACUUGGGAUUGCACAAGGUCUAGCUUAUCUUCACCAUGAUUUGAUGCCGCCGAUCAUUCACCGAGAUAUCAAAUCAACCAAUAUACUGCUCAGCGCCGAUUACCAGGCCAAAGUUGCAGAUUUUGGUAUAGCCAAGGUCUUGCAAGCAAGAGGGUCAAAGGAUUCCACUACUACUGUUAUUGCUGGAACUUAUGGGUACCUAGCCCCAGAGUAUGCUUACUCCUCGAGGGCUACAGUCAAGUGUGAUGUCUAUAGCUUUGGGGUAGUGCUCAUGGAACUGAUAACUGGGAAGAAGCCAGUGGAGCCAGAGUUUGGAGAGAACAAGAACAUCAUCUACUGGGUCUCAUGCAAGGUGGAGACCAAGGAAGGAGCAAUGGAGGUCUUAGAUAAGAAAUUAUCAGGGUUAUUCAAGGAUGAGAUGAUACAGGUUCUCCGGAUCGCCAUCCGUUGUACCUGUAGCGGUCCUGCCCUCCGCCCAACCAUGAAUGAGGUUGUUCAAUCACUGAUUGAGGCAGACCCUUGCAGGUUUGAUUCUUGCAAGUCAACAGGAAAGCUCAGAGAAUCAUCAAAUGCCACCAAGAUCAAGAACCCAUCUGAGUAAUGACUAAUAGAAGGUACUUGACUAGGGGUAAGUAGUCAAUAGAAAUAACAUGAGAGUACAGAUGAGUAUGCCCUUCAAAUUAUUGGGAUACUAUUCUUGAAGAACAGCUUUUACCCUGUCACUGUAAAACUAAACAGGACAACGUACUAAAAGAAAGAAAGAAGAGAGAUUCUGUCUUUCUUCCCCACAACCCCACCUCCUUUUCUGUGUUUUGCUUUUUGUUCUUGUAAGUAUGUGAGAAUCUGAGUAUUAUAACUGCUUCAUAGUAACGCACAGCAUCUACAUAUUUCAAAGAUCCAAAAACGAAAUUCAUUCUCUUGCUUUUUAUUUGGUCAGAUAGUUCUUUUUCUACUCUUCUUGUUCUUCCUUUAUUUGAUGAGUGUGAUACAGAGAAAGGAAGGACUAAGAAAAGCAGAAACUUUGAAGGAGAGUGGAGGUUGUGAUUUGCAAGGUCGUCUCCUUUUGUAUGUAAGUGGGUGGAUUCCUGAUUUUUGAAUUUUAAAAGUUUAGAUUCGUUGGCAGGAGCUAUCCGUUGUAAUAAAGAUGGGAGGAAUAUCAAUUGAGUGAUGGGCAUCUUUGUCAUUGUGAGCUUGAUUAUUUUGUCGAAAGGGAGGUGAGAGCUGCGAAGAGAUAAAGGAAGAAAAAGCACUUGGCUUCUUCAUUCACCAUAUAGACAGUGUCCCAUGAACUCCACUCAAAAAGUAUGAAACUAUUUAUUUAUUUGCAA